AUCACUCAGUCUAUAGCAAAGGCGGCCCACGGUCCUUUCGGAGCGUGCCGCCGGCUUGUUUGCUAGCAGCGAUUCUCCAGGGCAGCCAUGGCAGAGCCACAGCCAGCGUCCAGUGGUCUUACUGAUGAGGCCGCCCUCAGUUGCUGCUCUGACCCGGAUCCAAGCACCAAGGAUUUUCUACUGCAGCAAACGAUGCUGAGAAUUAAGGACCCUAAGAAGUCCCUGGAUUUUUAUACGAGGGUUCUUGGACUGACGCUUCUCCAGAAGCUUGACUUCCCUUCUAUGAAGUUCUCGCUCUAUUUCUUAGCGUACGAGGAUAAGAACGACAUCCCCAAGGACAAGACGGAGAGGACAGCGUGGACUUUUUCCAGAAAGGCUACCCUGGAGCUCACACACAACUGGGGCACUGAAGAUGACGAGACGCAGAGUUAUCACAACGGCAACUCGGACCCUCGGGGAUUUGGCCACAUUGGGAUUGCCGUUCCUGAUGUCUACGAGGCCUGUAAGAGAUUUGAAGAACUAGGUGUCAAGUUUGUGAAGAAGCCUGAUGACGGGAAAAUGAAAGGUCUGGCGUUCGUUCAAGAUCCUGACGGCUACUGGAUUGAAAUUCUGAAUCCUAACAAAAUGGCAACGAUUAUUUAGUUCCGUGACGGGGACAGUGGGGACAAGAAACAUCGUGAUUUGAGAUGUUGAGAUGCUGAAGCACCAGAAGUGUUGGGGACUGAUGGGUCUUCGCUCCAGCUCAAGCCAUUCUGAAGUCCUUUUCAUUGUCCUGAUUCAGUGGGUUUUAAAAAUCUCCCCUCUGUUAAGCCAACCUAGUUUUCAAGUAGCAAUUUAUCUUACGACCUUGACAAAGUUGUGUGAGUUUACUUUUAAGAUAAUAAUUAGAACGGUUCUCCUGAGAGACCACAUGUGCUGCUGCCUGCCUCUUAAAGACUACUCCAGUCUGUUUCUGAUUCAUCAUUUAAGAUUGUGUUUCAAACGUUUCUUUUUGGGGUCUGCUACCUUCUGGGCUUUCGGUUCCUCAGAGAUAAGUUUUCAUAACGGGAAGCAGAGAGCACUGAACAGAAGUGAAACUUCGUGUGUGCUUCAAACAGAUAGUGUUUGUCUUAGGAAAGAGAAGGUACUCCUGAGAGCAAUUCGGGAUCAUGCUGACAAGACACAGAGAGGAACGCGAGUGUGUGUGUGUGUGUGUGUGUGUGUGUGUGUGAAGUACGUUCAGAAUUCAGGGACUAACUUUUCUGGGAACGUGGAGGAGGAAGGGAUUAGACAAUGGGCUAUGCCGUGGCAUACUUUAUGUGAGUGGACACUGCAGUUACCAUGGGGGAAAGCAAGCAGCUAGACACGCAAAGCACCUGACUGAAGGCUUGGGAGGUCAUCGUUUCUAGGAGCUGGAUUACGCCUCACGGUACCUCCUGUGCUCCUGUGAAACCUACAGUGAGUCCGGCCUUGCGCUCUUUGCUCGCGCUCGGGCUUGAAUACCACAGAGAAGGAAGGAAGCACAGAAGUCUGUAGUACACGGCUGCUCUAGGGGACGCCUGUGAGCGAGCCCCACAUUACCUGGAGGGAGUCUUCCCCCACCCCAAGGUCUUCACGAUGCCCGUAGUCACGUAGGAUAAGAUACGUUCAUUCAGUGCUGAGUCCGAUGUAGGGAGUCAGCUCUGUGGUCUUCCCUGCUGACCACAGAUGGGUGGUCAGAGGAGAUUUGGGAAACAACCACUGGAGCACAAAACUACAGGGCAGUUUCCUGCCCGCUGUCAUGGGAGACGCGGACAGGCGCUUUGUUUCUUCUCGGGAUGAAAUGGAUUUAUGGGAGCAGUUUAAACAAACCAUAGGCUGAAAUAAAACUAACACUGUUUAGUAG